UUUUUUCCUGCUCCUUUUCCUCCGAUCUCUCUCUUUCUCCGGCGGAGUUCGAUAGCUCUCUGCUCCCUCCCCCCUCCCGCCGCCGUCGACAUCUCGAGACUCCACGGAAGCACAGCGCCAUGGUCCAGAAAAAGAAGAAGGCAGCUCCGGCGUCCAAGGCCCGAAAGCCGAAGCGUGAUGCAGAGAAAAAGUUCGGGAAGAAGACCAACAUGUCGGAGUUCAGGGCGCAGCUGGACUCCAUUGGGGUUAAGAUAGUCGAGGUCACAGCCGACGGCAACUGCUUCUUCAGGGCAAUGGGCGACCAGCUUGAGGGCGAUGAGGAACAGCACAUGAAGUACCGGGAGAUGGUUGUGCAGUACAUCGUGAAACACCGUGAGGAGUUCGAGCCAUUCAUUGAGGAUGAGGUACCGUUUGAUGAAUACUGUGACUCUAUGAUGAAGGAUGGGACUUGGGCUGGCAAUAUGGAGUUGCAAGCGGCUUCUCUUGUCACGAGAAGAAACAUUUGCAUUCACAUGCUUAACUCGCCCCGAUGGUACAUAAAUAACUUUUCUGGUCGUGAAGCCACCAAUAUGGUUCAUUUAUCUUAUCAUCACGGUGAGCACUACAAUAGUGUCAGGUUGACUGAAGAUACAUGCCAAGGUCCUGCAAUUCCAGUUGUCAUCAAGACGGAUGCCAAUGUAGCCAGCGCAAGCAUUAAUUCUCAAACUAAAGUAAAAGACGUGGAGAAAUCCUCACAAAGAUCAACCUAUGAUCAUACAUCGGUUAAAUUGGUCAUGGCUGGAACUGGAUGUUCUAAUGUUGCUGUAGUUGAGCAUGUUUUGGAAGAAAUGGAUGGUGAUGUUGCAACUGCUAUUGAGUACAUGAUAGCUGAGCGGCUUUCACUGGGUUCUGAUGACGCAGAUGGAGAUAUUUAUAUGAACUAUGCAUGCAACGGAGAUGAGCUUAGUACAUCCCAGAAUGAGGAACAACUGGUUGAGCCCAAGGAAGAAGAAAGUUGUUCAGGCAAAGACGAAACAGUACAAAGAUCUAAAAGUUCACAUGUGAAGAAGGAUAAGUCCAAAUCUAACGAGUGUUCUUGUGGAUCUGCAAGGAAGCACAAGGCUUCUUGUAGUUCAGCCACGGCUGUACCAUCAAAAGAACCUCCAAGGACCAAGGGCGGCCAAGGGAAGGGCCAGAAAGGGAAGAAGCAGAAGAAGAGAGAACAAGCUGAAGCAGCACCUGCCCAAGCCCACAAGUCUACAAUAGCUGUACCUGAUCUAGGUGCUCUCUGCAUAUGAACACUGAUGAGUUGUGUGCACACUCCAAUGUAACAACAGAGAUGCCUGCCACAGCCAGGUUGUGAUGUAUCUCUCUCGCACCAAAUCUCAGACAGUUCGCUCUGUUGCCGACUGGCAGUUAGCUCCUAUAUAUCCUUGCUGCAGGAUAUGGGGUGACGAUGAUGUCGGCAAACUAGUGGAUUUCCAUAGCUAGAGAAACUCAGAUCAACCAUCAUUGAUAUAUACAACAGCACUGCUUUUCUCUACUGAAAAACUGAGUUUGUGACCAA